AUGUCCCAAGGACUACAAAUUCUGUCUUCCCUCAAGUUCAGGAGUGUGUCCAUCAUCUUACAAGAGUAUGCAAGUUCCGCUGAUGAGAUUUUAAACAAGAGUCCAACAACGACCCCCAAAAAAGGCAAAGAAAAAACCCCAAAGCGCUGCCGUUCGGGCAGGUCGCCUGGACACCGCCUGAAAUCGCGGCCAGGUGCGAGGGUGAUUCUCGCUUGCAGAGACAUAGCGAAGGCAGAAGCUGCAGCCAGUGAAAUCCGAGCUGAGACAGGGAACCAGGAGGUCAUUGUGAAAAAACUGGACUUAGCUGAUACGAAGUCCAUCCGGGAGUUUGCUGAGAAAUUUCUAGCAGAGGAGAAGGAACUCCAUGUUCUCAUUAAUAACGCUGGGGUAAUGUUUUGCCCUUACUCCAAGACUGCUGAUGGCUUUGAGAUGCACUUGGGAGUCAAUCAUCUUGGUCAUUUUCUCUUGACCUUUCUGUUGCUGGAGCGUCUGAAGCAGUCUGCCCCAGCCCGUAUAGUGAACGUGUCCUCACUGGCUCAUCAUGGAGGCCGAAUCCGCUUCCAUGAUCUCCACGGUGAGAAGUGCUACAAUGGCGGCCUCGCCUACUGUCACAGCAAAUUGGCUAACGUGCUCUUCACCCGGGAGCUGGCAAGGCGGCUGCAAGGCACUAAAGUUACAGCAAAUGCUCUCCAUCCUGGUUCUGUCCAAUCUGAGCUGGUCCGGCACUCAUUUGUAAUGACGUGGCUGUGGAAGAUGUUCUCAUUCUUCUUGAAGACUCCUUGGGAAGGAGCUCAGACCAGCAUCUACUGUGCAGUAGCAGAGGAGCUAGAGUCUGUGACAGGACAGUAUUUCAGUGAUUGCCAGCCAGCAUACGUAUCUCCUUGGGGUCGGGAUGAUGAGACGGCAAAGAAGCUCUGGAGUGUGAGCUGCGAGCUCCUCGGCAUCCAGUGGGACUGAGCAGCGCAGGCCGCAGGUGUGUACCUGGCUGAGCGCAGCGAUGCUUCCCUGGGAAGAGCACUGCUGAGAGACCCCAAGACUAGAACGCUGAUACUUCAGCUGCCCUAAUCAUGGCUCUAUGGACACAAUCUAAUGUGAAUUUCUGGAAUACUACACUUAAGGACUGAGAUCUGUAAAUGACCAGUCCCCCUUCCUAGCUGGAGAAUUAGAGC